AGGUGGCUGGCUGCAGUGCCGUGUGUUUCUUCUGCCAGCAGAGAGUCUAUCUGAUGGAGCGUCUGAGUGCCGAGAGCCUCUUCUUCCAUCGCAGCUGUUUCCAGUGUUUCCACUGCAGCAGCACGCUGAGACUGGCGGCGUACGCCUUCGACCGGCACAGCCGGAGGUUUUACUGUCUACAGCACGCCGAGGAGAGAGAGCGAGAGAGGAAGAGGUCCAGUCUGAGUCUGACCAGCACCAACCCUUCACAACGACCCUCCAUCGCGUCUCUGGGUCUACCCUCCGGGGUCCUGGUGGAGCGCCGACGUCCCUCAGUGGCGUCUGUAAUGGAGGCGCCGCCGGAGACAGUCGAGCUGGAGAACUGCCGCCGCAGCUCGACCAGGGUGGAGGCGGGGCUUCUGGAGGAGGUUGAAGAGGAAACCCUGAACCAGGUUAACCUGGGACACAGAUCCAGGUCUGAGUCGGCCAGGUCACAGGAGGAGGAAGAAGAGGAGGAGAAAGAGGAAGAGGAGGAAGAGGAGGAAGAUGAGGAGGAAGAGGAGGAUAAAGGCAGGGGACAACUUUGGGUGAGUUCAGAGGAAGACGGAGCUUCAUGGAGGGAAACUCUGCUGAGGGACGACGAAGAGGAAAAUGAAGAAGAAGAGGAAGACAGUGAGUCCAGUGACGAGUUCCCUCAGGUCAUCCUGUCGUCAGGUGGGUGGGACACCCCCCGCUGUGCCCCCCCGGCCUCACCUCCACCUGAGACCCCCUCCACGGCGGCCUUCAUCACGCCGUCUGACUCGGACGGAGACAGAGAUCUGCCCAAGCUGGCAGUUGUCAUGGAAACAGCUGCUACCGGAGGGCGGGGCUCUUUCGAUGACAUCAUCCCCAAACUGCAGCUGAAAAAGCAGGACAGGGGGGCUGGGCCAGAGGGGGGGGGGUCUCAGGGAGAGGGCGGGGUCAAAGACCAAGGGGGCGGGGCCAGAGCGCUGUGGAGGACUGUGUUCUCUGGAAACAAGAAGGACGAGAAGAAGAAGAAGAUGAAGAAGAAAAAGAAGGCCAUGACUUUACCUCCAGACGCUGCCAAUCAGAGGAGAGCUACAGAUGGAGUUGUGACAGAAGAAUCUGAUCUGGACUCAGCUGCUCUGCUGCAGAGAUGUUCACUGAAACCCAGAAAUAACCUGCGUCUGGAUUUGGUCGAUCUGACGGCAGAAAUCCAGAGAGUCACCAUAAAAGAAGAGGAGGAGGACCAGGAGCCGGCGUACGUUCCUCACGCUCUGGCGUUCAAACGAGCCUACGGCAUCAAGAAACGCUCUCCAAAGGACAGAGUCCCCCUGCAGGACUCCUCCAGAAGCUCAUCCUGUCCUACAGAGGUUGUGGGGGUCCUGGUCUCGCCGAUGGAACCGUCUAGUCUCAGCGUGAAGGAGAUCAUGUUCCACACGGUACCAGAGGUUGAAGACAGAGACCUGGAUGCCAAAAUCACCCGACGGGUUCAGAUUGCCGCUCGGAGAAAGGCCAAACAGGAACAGCUAAAAAGACUCCACAAAGCUCAGAUGAUCCAGAGACAGCUGCAGGAGGUGGAGGAGAAACAGAGACAGCUGGAGGAGAAAGGAGUGAUGGUGGAGAAAGCUCUGAGAGGGGAAGCAGAUUAUUGGGGAGACUCCAGCGACGGCCGAGACACCGAGCUCCACCUGGAAGGACUGAGGAGACUGGAGAACCCAGCUCUGAUGCAGCAGUGGUUCCAGCUGGUCCAGCAGAAGAACUCGCUGGUCCGAUACGAGUCUGAACUCAUGAUAUUUGCUCGAGAGUUGGAGCUGGAGGACAGACAGAGCAGCCUGCAGACAGAGCUCAGGGAGCGGAUGGCCGUGGACGACGAGCUGAAGGAGGCGAGGCAGCUGCUGGAGGAGCGUUUGAUCCUGGAAGAGAUGCUGGACCUGGUGGAGCAGAGGGACGCCCUGGUAGCUCUGCUGGAGCAACAGAGACUGCAGCACCGGCAGGAAGACCAGGACCUGGAACAGCUAAGCUGGACCUGAACUGCCAGGCUCCAGUCUCUGUAGGACCAAACAGAACCAGAACCAGCAGGGGGACCAGUGGUCUGCAUGACCCACAGCAAACUGGCAUCAGAGUUAGAGAAGAAGAUGUAGUAGUACUAGUACUUCUACUAUAACAGAGUAUUUUCACAGUUUAGUAAUAGUACUUCCACUGUAACAGAGUAUUUUUCAGUGUGGUAGUAUUACUUCAACUGUAACAGAGUAUUUUCCAGUCUGGUAUUAGUAGUUCU